AUGAGCACACGGCUCGCCUUGAAGAAUAUUUCGAUUCGAUGUAAUCGAGUCGCCCCUCGAUGUGACAAAUGUGAAUCUAUUGGAGCCGAGUGUGCAUACCUGCCACGGAAGACACGAGCCAAGAAACAAGGGGAUGACAUUAACGAGAAUGGUGUUCUAUUAGAUAUUCUUCACCGCCUCAAACGCCUAGAAGAGCAUUGUAGCCUGGAGAAAGCUCCGGACAUCAACGAACAUGGCGAUAGUUCCAUGUCAUUUUCAUCUGUCGAUUCGGAUAUCUCUAGGCCUGUAUCUUCGGACAAGUCCUAUGCCCCAGCCUUUUCCGGCGUGAUCGGUUGUAUCUUGAGUCACAUCAAAAAUCCUCAGAACCGGGUCCUACUUCUCUCCAAUGUCUUCAGUCACCUGCGAACGGUCGAAUCGUGCUUUUUUGAAAACGAAUGCUGCAAAAGUUUUUUGCUAUCCAUACCUGACCUUUUGGAAAACCCUCACAUUCAGCUUGACUAUACGUCCCAAAUCAUCUAUCAUACCGUUCGUCUUCAAGGGAUCAUACUGGAUCCCAGCUCUCGCGAGGAUGACGGUGGCCUUGUCCGACAUCUUUACCAGACGUGUCUGACUCUCACUGAUUGCUGGCUGGACCAUAUUCAGAAUACACCUGCCGACCUCUUUGCGGCAGUAUCGAUGGCACUCGAAGGCUGCAAUAGCGAACUGGCUUGGAAGAUGCUCGGCCAUGCCUGCACGAUCGCCAAGGCCUUGGGAUAUUUCUCUGUAGACGGCAAUCCAGAAGAAGCAGACGGGACGCAAGGAUCGACGACCGAUGAAACCGAAAUAGAUAAAAAUCGAAAACGAUUCGAGUUCUGGCAUUUACUUCGAACGGAUUGUCUCUUCCGGCUGUCCUUCGGCAAGCCGACUCUUAUCUCGGCGGGGUCCUGGAAGGUCAACUUCCCUGAUCCCACGAUUAACGGCGUCGAUGAUGGAUCUUCUCGCUUCAUUCAAAUUCAUUUUCUGGCUUCUAUGCGACUUGCCCUAGUGGUGAUGAAGUACCUAGACUGGAUUGACUUGGGGGCAGACCCUGACCCGGUCUUGCAUGAUGCGACUGUUGACAGCUUCCUUGCAGAGGUGCAGUUGAUCAUGUCUGAUUGGGAUACGGACGAGCUUCUUCGAAUGGCCAAGACCCAGAUCGACACAUGGUUCUGCGUGGACAUGAUUUUCAGCAGCUACAAAUUCCUCAUCAUUCUUCACCAGUCAAAAAAACUCAACCAGGAAAGACAUCGUUUACCACAUCAAACUGUGGAUACAUCUAGAAAGUCUUUACAAAUGUUCCAGUCCCUCUUAGGAUCAUCGUUACACGCAUAUUGGGGAAUAAGUCUCAUCUUGUUCCACCAGCUGAUUCCUUUUUUCAUCCUAUGCUUGGAUAUCAUUGGAAAUCCUGAGCGUGGCAACGUUGACAUAGACCUCCCUUCAGUGACCUGGAUUAGUGACUAUGUCGAAAAGAUCGUCGAGAAGCGAGCCGAACUAAGACCCGUGAUGAUUAUCAUGAAGGUUAUGAUGUCCGCUUGCCACCAAGUCAAAACAAAUCGCAUGGCAUCUACAAUGAAAGAAAAUCCAUAG